CUUUGGAAUUGUAAGUUUGUUUUGAAACAUUAGCGGUGUGACAAAACUUAAUGUUUGACGUGUGUGGGUGAAGCCUGUAUACCUAUGCAACAAAUGUAAACAUAACGUCGUCGUCAGGAAGACAUUUGGCAAGGACAUAGUGAAAGCCAUUUGGAAUGCAACAGUCAACUGGAAAAUAACCAUAAUGAACCCAUUUGACUGGUUCCGAAAGCUGUGGUCAUUGGCUCAUGUGAAUUUGACAUACCGCCGGUAUGCCAUUGUGUUUAUAUUGAUUUUCUUAUUUCUUCGGUAUUUUGGGCCAAGCAUGACUCAGUGGAUAUCUGGUUCAAAGCCUAGUAAUGAAGGUGAAGACGAACAGUGCUUAUCAAAUAGUCUUGCUCAGUUCUCUGCGGAUUCAGAAGAAUUCAGUGCUAAUAUCAGACAUUAUCCAACCAAAGAUGAUGAGAAACCUUACUUAGCUUUUGUGGGAAAUGGUGUUUUUGGCUUGACUGUAGAUCCAGCAAGUCCCGUCUAUAUCAAGAGCGGACGUACAUUAUCUUUACCUGCAUACUGGUUUCCUAUAGUGUCAGUUACAUCACAAGCAGAAGCAGCAUAUGAAGCUACUGUUGUUCACUACACCACAGGCAUUGUUCACAGAAUUCAGUGUUUGCCCCGAGGAACUAGUGUGUCUCAUCAGUAUUACGCACAUAGGACAUUGCCGAACGUCUUCGUUCAAGAAAUAACAAUAAACAAUCCAACGAAUGACAUACAGUCAUUCAGUCUACGCCAGGGGACAUAUCUUAAUUGGCCUACUGCAGUGUCACAUGUUGAACCAUUUUCAAAUGGAAAAGAAAACUUCAGAUUUCAAGUUGUAACUGGAAUGGUCGAAGUACCUUCCAAAACUGCUAAUGUAAUGGGUGUUUCAAUUGUAUCAAAGUCAAUCCCACAGACUGUUGAGAUGAAAGCACGAAGCACGAAGACCAUUCAGUGUCUCACAGUAAUAAAGUAUUCUGAGGCUAUAACAAAAGUGGAAUAUGCAACAAGGAAAGAUAUUCUUGAGAAGGAAGCAUUAAAUAUAAUGGAAAGAGCUGUGGUAAAGCCAGAUUUGAAAGAUGAUCAUGUUAAUGUGUGGAAACAGUUAUGGAGCACUGGUGUCACAAUAAGUCAGUCAAAGCACACACAAGCAAUUAAUGGAGACAAAAUUAAUGCAACAUUCUAUUAUGUUCUAUCUCAUGUUGCAUCACCAUAUCAUGAAGAUGGAACUUCAAAGGAAAAGAAAGCUGAACUGAUGAACAGUUUGUUUUAUGCAGAAGGAUGUUUUGGUGGUCAUCACACAUUGCAAGCGAACAACCUAUGGCAAGGCCUUUCGUCUAUAGAAGAAGUGAACACAGCAGUAUCUUAUUGGUUACUUACACUUGAAAAACAGGGCUGCCAUAACUUACUCAAAGCAGGAGCUCCUGGUGUAAUGCAAGCAAUGGUUUUGAGUAUUGGAGGCCUUCGCUUUAGCAACCAGCAUUUAGAAUUGAACAUGCAUCCAAGUGACAUUCAUAGAGAAUAUGUCUUCAGGCGGAUCAGCUAUGGAAACCUAACUCAUGUGAACAUAAGUGUGGAAAUUCAGGACAACAAACCUGUGCUGUAUGUAGCACUUGAUCGAAGUGAUAAAUAUUAUUAUGGAUGUGAUGCCGGUUGCCUGGACCCUCCAGUUUUGCUAAGAUCAGAGAAGACAAAGUUCCAGGUCAAGCUGACUGAGCCAUUAACAGCAAUACUGUAUAUUACAUAUGACAAGCAACACAUGGAAGAUCUCAGGCAUGCAAUACAUGUGAAAAACGUAGAAGAAGCUCCUCCACUGCAUAGCCAUAUAAUUUCACUGCAUAAGCAUGGACAUCAUCUUGGAUUCUCAACAAUGUUUUGGGUGUUCAUAGCAUUAGGAAUAACAACAUUUCAUAUUUUUGUUUUUAGAUUAAUUUACAAUGAACUUUUCCACCGAAAUGACAAAUUACCACAAAGGACUCGAUAUACAGGAGAUCUAAACAAUAUGCACCGGCUAUAAUAUUGUAUUUGUUUAAGCUACUUGUGGAACAGUUAUAUUCUGAUAACAAAUAUUUGAACAUCCUGCAUUUAUAGCAUUGUGGCUGUUUCAUUAGUAUUUAAGAAAAAGACAUUCAUCUGAUCAAGAAUGUCAUGAACUGGCAUGGUGCUCUGAAUUUUUCGGUUAAAUUUGGUUCACUUUGUUUCAAACUUUUGAGAUGAUGGUAUAGAAGUGCAUUUAGUUGAGUUCAGCAAAUUUCAGUGAUCUAGUGAAAUAGGCUGUUGUGAAAAGUCAUGUGAUGCAGACAGACAAUAUCAAAUAUAGAAUAACUCUUGAAAGGGAAAAAUAGAAGAAAAGAAACAGAUAAUAUGAGUUACUUGUAAAUAGUAUUUAAAUUGUAGCUUUAUCUUUUGGAGUGGGUGGUGGUGAGUAAUAUCCUGUGUUGUGCUUGAACGAGAAUCUGUUGCUGUUGUAUUAAUCAUUCUCAGCUGAGAAUGUGUUUGGUUUCCUCAGUGGCAAGAAUUUUAAAAUUGAGUAUAUUUGAGAUGUAGAGGAAGAUAUAGGGUCGGUCAGAUGAAGUAAAAAGCAAUGUGAAAAUACUUGUGUGAAUAGUAAAUGAACAGAAACAUUUAUAAAACAAAGGAGUGCAUUAAACAAACAAACAAACAAAAUCAUAAUUUAAACCAUAGAAAGAGUGACUGAAUGUUAUGUAACAAAAAGUAGUUUCAGAACAGUACAAGAUGAUGUGUCAUCCUCAAAUUGUGUAGGGAAAAAGUUGAGAGUGGAAAGUAAGAAAGAAAUAUUAACAGUAAAAGACACUUCAAAAUUUGUAUAACACACACACACACAACUUAUAAUUUUGGCUAACUCAUCAACAGAAGGGUACACUAAAUUAUAAUGUUGUUAGAGAAAAGUCACCCCACAGAGAUUUUAUGGGGUGGAAAUACACCCAUACGAUUUCGUGUAGUGUACUUAAUUAUAUCUGCACUGUUAGCUACUUUUUAGUCCUCUCCAAAACUAUUAUUUCAUUCUGCACCCAACUUCUGCUAACAAAAUUUAGUUAAUGCGUGUUUUACUUCCAGGCUGCUUUCAUGCAAAGUUUCUUUAAUUUUAAAGUAUUUGUAAUUCAUGAAGCUUAGUGAUCUGGUAUUGUUUUUAAUUUCAUUUGCUUACACAUAACAGUGACAAGGUACUGUUUUUGGACUGUAUGUGUUUGAAAGUGGUACUGUAUUAUUCACACCUGUUCUCUUUACAAACAGACUGCCAUGGUUUUGUCAUCUACAGUUUGCAGUUUUAUUGCUUUUCUGCAGUAUUUUCAAUGUAAUGUAAACUCCACUGACUAGGUGGAUGCAAAGUGCAUUUAAGUACUAAGUUAUUUUGUUAGAAAUUUUGUAUCUACCAGAUUCUCACUUUUAGUUUCACUUCUGUUUUGUCUGUCACUUUUUAAAUUUUCAUGCCAUGAAGUAAAGUUGUAGUUUCUAUUUUUAUGUUGCUUGUACAUCAGUUUUCCAUUGUCUUCUUUGUUAUCUUUGGUGCUUUUGUUUCUUCUCUUUUUUAUUUACUCCUCGUUGCCCCAAUUUUGUUCUGUUCUAGCUUCCUCACUUUUCUCCUUUCAUAAUUCUACUCUUUUAAUUUUUUUGAAUACUUUUAUUUUUGUUUAAUUAUUCUUACUUCUGUUUGCUUUCUUUUUAUUUUUAAUUGAAUGACCUUUUGCCCACUUUGUAGCAACCUAUAAAUAUGUAUCACCAGUCUAGUCCAUUGCUAUUUACCAUACAGACAAGAAGCUCACAUGUACUUCAUUGCCUUCAUUAUCAACCUUUUGCUCCUGAUUUUUUUGUUUUAAAAUUCUUGCCACCAUUGGGCAUUCCUGGAGAGGUUAGCUACUUUACUUUCUUUCUUUUUAAUUAUAGAAGCAUACUGCACUUCAAAAGUAGAGCCAUUCUCUGUUGUUAUUUGUUACAGAUUUUAUCAAUGUACAGUAUUUCUUUAUCCUAAGAUAGGCAUUGAAAUAUAGAUCUUGCAGUGCAAUGCUAAUAUGGAGGUUAGAAAUAUGUAAAUAAAUGAAGUUUGGAUGCCUUAUUUUUUUGGAAAAUUUUGUACGUGAUGACAAAAUAUAUAUGUAUGUUUCAAAUAUUUCAAGACUGCGCCCACUUGGGGUUUGUACAAAGCAUAAACUAGCAGAAGUAAUAAUGAUGAAAUUAUAACAAUAAUGUUAAUAAACACUUUACAGAUAUCUGGUAAUCACUUAUUGAUGUAAAUAAACUAUAUUACUGACGACACAAAGUAUGGUUAUGGUUGUACUUAGCACAAGUUUUGAAAUUUGUCCUUAUCUGUUUAAGUAUAAUGGAAUAGAAAAAAACAAUAACAGAAAGAACUUAAACCAUAUGUAACUAACAGGUGCCUUACAGACUUGCUACUUUUUAAUAUACAUUCUUUAAAACUUAGUCUGUUUGUACAAAAUAUGUGCUAAAUAUUGCAUCAGCAGCCUUCUCUCCAUGUGACAAUUGAUAGCUAGGGCUCUUCGUACUUACUAUGUGUAUAAUUAAACAUCCAGAAAUGUUUUGUUGUGCAGUGUUUAACUUUUUGUUGGAAAGUGCAUAAUUGCAAUACCCAUAUUAUACUUAUGUUGUUGUUGUGAAGUCCAGUAUUUUAUGGGAUUGUUUACAUGUUUGGAGAAAAUUGUACAUGUUUCUUGUAUUUAUUCGAAAUUACAGAUCAACUCUGAACCACA